CACAUCAGUGGGACAAGAGACACACACCAGAGGACAGAAUGACAGUCUCAUCGCCUGAUAAAUGUAUACGCACACCCCUAUAUUCUGGAAAUACACACACACUUCAUGAUGAAUUCUCACAUCCUGGACUGACAUCAGAUCUCUCCCUGGACACAGAAGGGCAUGUGAGUGUGAGCAGUAACACUGGUAACAAAUACAAACCAGCAGGUGUCAGUGUGUUUAACUGUUGGCUGAGUCUACCUGAUGAGGUGUGGCUGUUCAUCCUGUCUCUGCUGCCCCUCAGCUGUCUGUCCACCGCAGCCCAGGUGUGCCACCACCUGCACAGACUGGCUUCCGAUCAGUCUCUCUGGAGGAGUAUCAGCGUUGAGAAGUGCUCCAACUUGACAGACCAAUGGUUGUUCUGCAUGGGCGGGCGUUGUCCCCGUAAGCUGUCUCUGUAUAGGUGCACCGGUCUGUCCGUCACCUCUGCUGGCCUGGAGAGGUUUUUCUCUCUGAGUCGAAAGUCUCUGGAGGAACUGAAGGUGAUAAGUUGCUCUGGACCCGGUCUCCAUGGAGACUUGCUGCUGCAUCUGAUCGGUCAGCUGUGUGAUCAUGUGACCAGUGUGGAUUUGAGCUGGAGCGGGGCAACAGAUGCAGGGGUGAAAGCUCUGACCGACAGUGGCAAGGGGUUAAGGCUGGAGACUGUUGUCCUGAAUGGCUGUCAGGUCACUGACGACCCGCUCAUAAAACUCAUCACAAGACACAGAGAGAGGUUGAAGGUGCUCCAUCUCUAUGGCUGUGUCCAUGUCCCUUCUGAGAAACGGAUCAGGGAAGUUAAUGCUACUGUUAAAGUGUACCCGCUGCCCGGACACACACACAAAUAAACAUUCACACCCACAUUUGGCUGAAAAUACUCAGCAUAAGCACAAGAACACACACCCACACACCUCACACACACACAAACAUAGGAUGUGAUUCAUCUAAAUAAAUAGGGGUAAAUGAUCAUUUUGCCCUCAUUCUGGUUUGACUUGACUCGCUUCAGCUCUCCAGCAGGAAACAACCACAGAGAGGAAAUCACCCUGUUAAUGAUCAGCCUCUUGAAAACAAUCCAACAAAUAGCUCAGAGAUUACUUUUUUCAUUUAACCAAGUUUACACCUGAGGAAAACCCCGUUAUGUUAAUGGGUUAAAUGAGGUCAGCUGGAUUUCACAUUAUGACUUAAAAAAAAAAAGAAAAGAUAUCCAUCACAAAUAAAACGCAUUUCAAA